CGACGAAAAAAACUCAAAGAAACUUUGAGAGAGACAGAGUUAAUCAGCUCUAACUCGAAGUUAGAGAGACGUUGACUUCUCAUAAUAACAAACAACUGCCUUGCGACUCACGUGAGGGCUUCAAGAACAAAAGAUCAAGAUCUCACUCUCUCUAUAUAAAUCUCCAUCUCUCUUUCUGUGAUUCUUUAGCUGUCAUCACUUCUCGCUUCACCUCUCUCGUCUCUUUGACCCCUUCGUCACCGUUCCCGCCGCAAGAAAAGCGAGACACACACCGUCGUCUUUCUCAAUGGAAAUCGAACAAACCGUUACAACUCCCGCCGCCACCCAACAACCACAACAAGACGUCGUAACAUCUCCCGCCGCCGCACAACAACAACCACAAACCCUAACCGGAAGAUUCUUCAGAUGCCUCUUCACGUCUAUUUUCUACUCGCAACUCAUCCUAAUCUCAGCCCUAGUCAUCUUCCUCACCCUCAGAGGCCUACUCUUCACAAAAUCACCUAACUUCCACCCCAAGAAAUGGUACACCCCUCUCCUUUCCUCCGUCGCUCUCUCCGGACUCCUCUCUUUAUCCUGGCAAUGCCUCUUCCUCUGCAACAUAGCAGCAACAUCCAAAGCCACGAUCAUUCUCGCACCUCUACUCACAUUCUCCGUCGGGAUCUUCCUUGUACUCUACGGCAAAACGUUUGUUCCAGGGAUCGGCGGGCUACUCAUCCUCUUCAGCUUCGCUCAGGCAAUACAUUCCUGGCUCUUCGUCACUCGUAGGAGGCGCGAGUUCACCUUCACGAUAACGGCACUCUCCACAUCCGUUCUACCUCCAAGAACCAGACUAAUAGCUGUCGUGUCAUCGAUCUUAAGCGUCCUUUACUCUGCCUUCUUGGCGGCGGGAGUCGGUGGAGCUACCGCUACAAGAAGAGGUCUAAUAGACAUUCUUUUCAUCUCUUUGAUCGUGAAAAGCCUUGCCUGGACCAUGCAGGUUCUCAAGAACGUGCAAGUAGUCGCCGUUUCGAAAGCUGCGUACGUACACUUUGCUAAUUAUGACGUCGUAAACGCAUGUGAUGCUCUUUGUGGUACUCUGAGAAGCCAGCUCGGGAGCGUUUGUAUUGGCUCUACGCUCGUUCCGGUUUUUGUAGUCAUCAGGGGAAUGAUCCGAACUGUUAAUAGGGGAGGCAACGGCAGUGACAGGACCAUGUACGCAGGUCAUGGGGACUGCGCUUGGGUUGCUAAUCAUAUGGUCUUAGUCGGAAACAGAUACGGGUUUGUUCAUGUGGGAGUUCACAACAAAGGCUUUGUGCAAGCGUCGAGAGAUGCGUGGCAAGAGUUUAGGAGAACGGUUGGGUUGGAGGAGCUCGUGGAUGCUGACCUCACUAGCUCCAUCUGCUUCCUCAGCGCCUUUGGAAUAGGAGCGAUAUCUGCGUUGACUGCUGGUAUAUGGGAGCUUAAUAUCCAUGAGGACUACUUCUUUCAGAUGACUCUCUAUGCAUUCAUCAUCGGAUACUUUGUGGGGAGAGUUUCGUCUGCUUGGUUGCAAGCAUGUGUUAUGGCUUACUUUGUAGCUUAUGCUGCCAAUCCAGAAGGAGCUAACUUUGACAACACGAUUCCAGAACGUAUUGCGCGGCAAAAUGUAGAAGAGAAUAAAAGUUUAGCUGAUAAUGAAGUGAGACAGACGGAGGAGGAACAGGAGAUAACAUACAUGUAGAGAUGCGGAAGAAUAUAUCCACUUAGUAUAGAAACAUACCACUUUUGUUUACUUUUCGAUUUCUUGAAGCUCUUUCAACCUUAUAGACUUUGUAGAUUGGAUAUUGUUUAGCCUCACACAGCUAGAGAAGGAAUGUACAUACAAAAAGUAAGACAAAAAUUGAUUCA